AUGUUUGAACCUGAUAAGAUGGAAAACGGAUUAGGUGUAGAUAAUAUUUUUGAUACCAAAUCUAGUAGCGCAAGUGUCAACACAUUUGAAACUAAUAAUAUGGAAAAUAUCUAUGGAUCUAGUAAAGUGGAUAAUAUUUUUGGUACUGAAUUUGGUAGUACAAAGUUUGACCAAUGGACUGAUAAUCAUAGAUUAGAAAGAGGGUUUGCAUUUAUAAUUACUCAUAGUGAAAAAGACAAGGAAGAUAGUGUUUUCUGGCAUCGUACUUACAAUUGUGCGAAGGGUCAACCAUAUGUACCUCGAAAAGAAACAUACAUCAUUAAUGAUCGUGAUAAGCUCUAUAAAAUUUAUGAAAACUUCAUCAAAAAGAUGAAGCUUGAACUUAUGAAAAAGAAUAAUCAAAUAGAAUAUAAUGAUCCUGAAGUAUUUGCCCGCAUUAUAAAUAAUCUGAUAAGUGUCAAAACAAAAGAUCAGAAGUCAAAAAGAAUUAAAGGCUUCAAUGAUAAUAUGAAUAUCUCGAAGGGUAAAAAUAAAAAGCAAAUUUCUCAAAUCAGAUCAGACAAUAAUAACAAUAUCAAUAGUGAUUAUAGUUUAGAAGCCACUAACGUAAAAGAAAGAAAAGGUAUAAAAAAAUGUAGAAUUUGCAACUCAAAAGGUCAUAAUGCAUAUACUUGUCCAGGCUUGGCUGAAUCUGAUAAUUCAAAUGAUAAUGAUCCAGAAGACGAUUCAGAAGAAACUAGCUUAGCCAAAUCUGAUAAUUCAAAUGAUGAUGAUCCAGAAGAUAACUCAGAAGAAACUAGUAUUAAGUGA